CGGAGGCAGAGAGCCCGGCCUUGUGUCGGUCGGACCUGCCGCCAUGCUGCUGCUUUCGCUGCCCGGUGGCCGCUGCCGCCUCAGGCCGGCCUUCCUCCCGCCCCUCCUCCCGCUCCUUCUCCUCGUCCUGCUGCCGGGCCCUGUACGGCCCAUCUCUUUCCAGCUGCCAGGCAAGGCCCGCAAAUGCCUGCGGGAGGAGAUCCACCGCGACACGCUGGUCAGCGGCGAGUACGAGGUCGCCCCGCCGCCGGGCUCGUCCAGCGGCCCGUCCGCCAACCUCAAGAUACUUGACUCUGCUGGGCAUAUUCUCUACUCCAAGGAAGAUGCUACAAAGGGCAAAUUUGCUUUCACCACAGAGGACUAUGACAUGUUUGAGGCCUGCUUUGAGAGCAAGCUCCCCGUGGGAACAGGGCGGAUGCCAGACCAGCUCGUGACCUUGAAUAUGAAGCACGGAGUGGAAGCAAAGAACUACGAGGAGCUUGCUAAGGUGGAGAAGCUGAAGCCACUGGAGCUGGAACUGCGACGCCUGGAGGAUCUUUCAGAAUCUAUUGUCAAUGACUUUGCCUACAUGAAGAAACGGGAGGAGGAGAUGCGGGAUACCAAUGAGUCUACCAACAUUCGGGUACUAUACUUCAGCAUUUUCUCAAUGUUUUGCCUCAUUGGACUGGCUACCUGGCAGGUCUUCUAUCUGCGUCGUUUCUUCAAGGCCAAGAAGUUGAUUGAGUAGCAGGAGGGACAGUUUCCCUUUCUUUAAAACCCCAGCGGAACAACACCAUGACCCAGCUAUGGCCGUUUAGAGGCACCUCGGAGUUGACCUGCCAAAUGGAGCAUCUUCUGGAAUUGGCCCCAAAGGGGAAGGAGGGAAAUGCUGGCACAGAAAACAAUGAGGAAGCUUCUGAACUAUUAUUGGAUAGAUUUGGGAGGGGCGGAAGUUGUGAUAUUUGGGGACUCUUGAACAGGGAUGAAAUAAAACUGUCUCAGACAGCUGCUGUUGGCUUUUGCGCUGUCUCUUUCUCUCCUUCACAGCUGCAAUUUGGUGACCUUUUCCUGAUGUCACCAAUGAUCCUCUAAACCACUUGUGAAUACACAGAGAUUGUUUAUACUUAAAGCGCUCCAUUUUGUUACCACACAGAGUUUUGAGAGAGAAUGGCUCAGAUGUUCUUGGAGCCAAAUCUCCCAGAAGCAGAACUCUCCCCACAAUUAUCAAUAGCUACAUUUCAAGAGUGGGGAAGAAACUACCAGUGGUAAUGGUUUGUUAAAAUAUUUGAUACUUUUGUUAGGAGCAGGAAGAACAUAAGGGAAAUGGGCUGUAUUGCUUAGAUUACAGAAGAAAAAGGUUGGUAUAUAGACUUCUCAGGAGGCUUUUGUUCUCAUUCUUUUGCAUUCUCUGACGUAACAUCUUCUCUUGUUCUAAAAUCCUAUAGUUCUGGAAAGCCACUUGAAUACUGUGAAAGGACAUUUGUUUAAUUGUAAGAAAUACCUGUCACAUGCAUACUUGAAAUGCACGCUCAGGUUAAUUCCAUUGGGGUGGGUGGGAAUCUGCCUCUGUUAUCUGCCAAAGCUAUAAUAAAAUUGCUAUUUGGACAGUAUCAGACCUGUACUGUAACAAACUUUCAAUCAAGUUACAGCCAUAUGCUUGUAGUCCUGCAUCCAUACACAUUAGUAUUUGGAUACGUAAUGGCAGGGAAAUGAGCACGUGUGGGGGAAAGUAGGUGAGCUGUAGUUUGUUUCUAACUUUAAAAACAUUUAUAUCUUUCCUGGGCUCUAUAAGUUUCAGGACUUAUAUCAAUGGUAAAAAAAUAAAUUCGACAUGGUGGUUCUGAAUCACAACAGCUGCUCAGUUCCAUUUUCAUAAAACAGGAACCUGCUCCUAAAAUGUUCUGCAGUUUCUCGCUCCCAUACAUUUGCAUUAAAAAAGGUGGUGUAUAGGAAAGACUUCAUCUGUUAUUCUUUAAUUGUCAGCACCAUGACACUGCUGAAGAGGCCGCUGUUGGGCUUAUUGGCCGGGUUAGGGGGGUAUUACUAGGUCAACUAAUUAACUGAUAAAUAUUUGCCAUUUUGUUUCCAGUUUGGCCUCAGGAAUCCAAAGAUGCUGAUUUUAUUCCCAAGCUCUGGUACAAUUGAAAGAGCAUAAAAAAGAACAUUUACCUAAUGACAAAACCAGAAAUAUUUAUUUGUUGUUUGACUUCAGUCUUAUACAAAAACAUGUUGCAAAAAUAGAGAGAGGGAUACUCACAAGAAAAACUUCAAAUGUGGAGGGCUACACUGGAACAUCAGAACAUUUUUUGUCCUCUUCUAGUUCUUUUCUUCUCCCAAAAACUGUACUGCGAGUUUUGCCUGCAAGUGUUCAACAUUGCUUUUAAAUUGAGAUUCCUGGACUUUCCACAGUUACAAACUAAAAUAGAAAUGAUGAUGGAAGGUUGUGCUUCAGGGAAUGUAGUGGCUAUUUUAGAUUACUCUUAUUUAUAUUCCAGUAACAAAUUUGCUAAAUUUAAAGGAAAAUAAGCAAAUUUGGGGAAGUGUGUUCUCUUGUUUGCUCUUUUGAGUUCAUCACUUAUUUGCCAAUCAGAAAUUACCUUUUUAGGUAGUUGAAGUGAUGACUUGAUACCCAUGAGAAUUAUGCCUUAGUGGCAUUUGCUGUAGUAUGUCCUGACUUUGCUCCUAACUCUUGUGGUAUAAUUGACGCUAAGUAGCACAGGUGGAAACCUGUACAGAUGUAUCUGUAAAAACUGGUUGGGGAUUUGUCACUUUUCAAUAAAACCUAUUUUGGAAGGGGGGAUUUUCUUUAAA